UGUACCACAGUCCGACUGCUUUGUACAACAGAUGAAUUCAGACUCAGUCUAUCUGAAGCCUGACUGUCUUUAUCUGAGAGUCAGAGUCUGUCUUUGUGAAACCGGAUCCUGGUGAGCGAGGUAGAACUGACCCUCUUAUUGUGAAACGGUGUGACCGGAAGCUUUGUCGUGUGUCAGCGGCGGCUGUCGGGCAGUUUGACUGUGGUCCUCUCAGCGGCUGUCAGGCUCCAUUCCUCCUCACAGCCUCAGGGAGCAGCGUUCUACCCGCAGCAUGGCAUCAGAAGAGCUGGCUCGGAAGUUGCAGUCGCGGCUCGCCGCUACGCAGGAGGCAGAGUCGAGGCCGGAGGCCGAGGGGGGCUCGCUGAGACCCCAACCCCGGGAGCCCGAGGCCGCCUGCGGCGAUUCGUCCUCCGAGCUGUCCGCGAAACUGACCCGCAGGCUGGACAUCAACGAGGGCAACGCCGCCCCUCGACCGACCCGCGUCUUCAACCCCUACACGGAGUUCAAGGAGUUCUCCCGCAAACAGAUCAAGGACAUGGAGGCGAUGUUCAGGCGGUACGACACUGGGAGAGACGGUUUCAUCGAUCUGAUGGAGCUGAAGCUGAUGAUGGAGAAGCUGGGAGCUCCUCAGACUCACCUGGGCCUCAAGAACAUGAUCCGAGAGGUGGACGAAGACUUUGAUGGAAAACUGAGCUUCAGAGAGUUCCUGCUGAUAUUCCGUAGAGCAGCAGCUGGAGAGCUGCAGGAGGAGAGUGGUCUGAUGGCUCUGGCCCGACUGUCAGAGAUCAAUGUCUCCACGGAGGGGGUGAUGGGGGCCAAGGACUUCUUUGAAGCCAAGGUUCAGGCUCUGUCAGUCGGCAGCAAGUUUGAGGCUGAGAUCCGAGAGGAAAAGGAAGAACGAAAGAGACAGGACGUGGAGAAGAAGCAGAGGCAGGCUGCCUUCAAGCAGCUGCAGUCCACCUUCUGCUCCUGACCCUCCACAGUCCAGACCAGAGUCCAGACCUGCAGCAUCAGAGUCCCAGGACACUCACACUUUUACCAGUGUCUCUGACACUUUAUAACAUAGAUGACAGCUGAGGAGACUCAUUCAUCCAGAACCAUGAUCCAGAUCAUCACAUGUUCUGUGUGUGUGUGUGUGCGUGCGUGCGUGCGUGCGUGUGUGUGUGUCUCCAACAUGUCUGAACCUGUUCAUGUUGUCAAGUUUGAAGGUCAUGUGACAAUUUGGUCACAUGACCUCGUUUCCUCCUGUUACAUCUACAACCUGCAACAGUGUAGUGAUAGAUCAUAGUGUAAAUAACUGUAACUACAGUAUGAUAAUAACAAUGAUAAUAAUAAUAAUAAUAAUAAUAAUGAUAAUAAUAAUAAGUGUUAACUUCACAUUUGUUGGUGGCAGAUGGAGACUACUGACUGUGACUCUCUGAUGAUUGACAGUCACCAGCUCAGACUGGGAUUGGCUGUAAAGCGUACACCCCCCACCCAUCCCACAACCCCACUACAGCUCAACUUUUAAAGGAACAGUUCAACAUUUUUGGAAAUAUGUUUAUUACCAGCCAUGACAACACGGCUGGUCUCAUGUCUGCCUUGAGUUCAGAUCUGCACUCAGGAUUUAGUUAGCCUAGCUUAGCAUUAAAACAGGAAGCAGGGAAACAGCCACCAGCCCCUGUGAAGCGCCCUCUUUGUAUCUUGUUUGUGUGCAGAUGAAACAGUUAAAACACUUGCACACUGACCUAAAGUCUGAUCAACCUCUCUGUCUCUCUGCGCUGUGGAUGAAUCAUUGUUGUAUCUGACCCGAACACACAAACCGAUGCUUCUACAUCUGUGUGUUUAAAGGUGUUUACAGGUGUGAACAUGUCACAUGCAGCUUUACAGGUGUUUAAACUCUGGAGAGAGGCAGCUAGCUGUGCCUGGCAGUCUGUAUGCUAAGCUGGACUAACCAUGUCCUGACUGCAGCACGUUUUUUGAAAAUGUUUAAGUAUUUCUUUAAGAUAAACGUGUUUAACCUGACAGUCUGCCAUAGUCCGACUCAGUCACAGUCAGACUCACAGCCAGUCUCAGUCAGACUCAGUCUCAGUCAGACUCAGUCACAGUCAGA